UCUCUCUGCACGUCACAGUCCCAAGAAGCGCCGACACACUUCCUUUAGCCUACAGUCUGCCUCAGCGUUUCACACCGCUAGCAUCACCACCAAUAUUUCCAUCUGCGCCUAUCAAGAUCACAAUGGCAGUCGUUCGAGUUGGCGGGAUUGUUUGCGUCUUCAUAUUGUUAUCGUCAACGGGCAAAGCAGACAUAAAUGCUGAAUGCACCCAACUGCAACACCGAGCCUUGGUAGAAAUGUUCAGAACUCUUCCAGAAACGUACGUCCUUGCGGUGGGCUUGGGAAACAUCACUUUAUUUCCAGGAGUUCGAUUCAACCACGCUCUUUUGACUGAACUGGAUAGUUUGGUAAGGGGGCAGCUGAGAGCAUGCGUUCGACAGCGUAAGGUCGGCAACCUGAUAAGAUUUAAAGCUCCCAUCAAUAUCAUUCUGCCCUGGGAAACAUCCUGCCCCGGUGAGUCCGGAAACCUUACAGUAUCUCUGGCUGGCGUACAGGCCGAAACCGUCUUCAGCGUUGAAACCAGUGACAGCGGGGCUACGAUAAGUCUGGUGAACUUCUACGGUGCCAAAGUUGAUUCCAUCAGCAUAUAUAUGGAUGGCUCUGGAAUCAUUGCGCACACCCUCAUGAGUGUUGUUCAGGAAUCUCUACGUUCGCCUCUGAAGUCUCUGCUCUUGGAAAUAGUUACAUCUGCACUCAGGAACAUGUUCACGGAAGCAGCGAAAUCGUUUUCCAAGCCUGUGUAAGCGACCUCAUCAAUACUACACAGCUCCCUGUAAUCAUGAUCGUGCGGACAAGCACAUACGAAGGUAGGACGGACUAUCAUCGUAUCAAAUAAACUAACAGUGGUC